GCGCCGGAGCGCGGCCCGGGCAUGCCGGCGCGGCGUGGGAGCCGGCAGGCAGCGGGCGGCGUGCGGGGCCCCGCUGCGCCGCCUCCCCGGGGCCCCGCACCGGCAGCGGCCCAGAGCGGCGGGCGGCCCGGGGCCAUGGGGCAGCCCCGCCGAUGACCAUGGCGGAGGGCUGGCGCUGGAGCCAGGCGGGCCGGGGCCCCCCGCGGCCGAGCCCCCGCCGCGCCGUUAGCGUCUGCGAGUCGCUGGACCUGCAGGGCGUCCCCGCCGUCCAGGCUGCCCUCAAGGCCGCCCAGCAGCAGCGGCGCCGGCCCAAGAGCUUCUGCGCGGCGGGGAACGGGCUGGCGGCCGGGGCCCUGCUCCCCCCGCCGCCCCCCGCCCGGGCCCGCAGCAGCCUGCUGGACUUCUUCAGGCUGCGCUCGCCCCGCAGGCAGAGCUCGGCGUGCCAGGAAGGCGAGGGCGCGGGCACGACGGCCCUGCUCGACGGGGAGGACGGGGCGCAGCGCCCGCGCCCCAGCAGCAUGACCUUCUUGCCCUCCGCCCGGCAGCCGCACCCCGCCGAGAGCCCCGGCUUCCUCCGGGGGGGUUCCCUGUGGGGCAGCCGCCGCUGGAACCUCUUUGGGGGCAGCGGCCGGAGCAGCCCCAGCCCCAGGAAGAAUUUCAGCUCCCUGCGCAAAAGCUUCAGCUUCCGCCUGCGCCGGGGCCACGAGCUGCGGCGGUCCGAGUCCGGGGGGCUCCUGCGCCCCGCGCGUCUCCGCACCAAGAGCGAGGGGGACGCCAGCUCCCUGCACACCUGCCCCAGCAAGCGGGACCUGCUCUACCCGGAGCUGAGCAGGGUCGGGGGCAGGCUGCACGCCGACCCCGGGCAGGCGGGGGGACUCUGGAAACUCCUGACGAGCCGCUUCCGAAGGCGGGAGCGCGGCAGCCCCGGCAGCGCGUGCCCCGCGGACCCCCACGGUGCGGCCGAGCCCGUCCUGCUGGGCAGCGGCCCCCUGCGAGCCCUGGAUUCGUUUGUGAACAGCCAGGAAUGGACCCUGAGCCGCUCGGUGCCUGAGCUGAAGGUGGGCAUCGUGGGGAACCUGUCCAGUGGCAAGUCGGCCCUGGUGCACCGCUACCUGACCGGCACCUACGUGCAGGAGGAGUCUCCCGAGGGUGGCCGAUUCAAGAAGGAGAUCGUAGUGGAUGGUCAGAGUUACCUGCUGCUGAUCCGGGAUGAAGGAGGCCCCCCUGAGCUCCAGUUCGCUGCCUGGGUGGAUGCCGUGGUGUUUGUCUUCAGCCUGGAGGACGAGAUCAGCUUCCAGACCGUCUACAACUACUACCUGCGGCUCUGCAGCUACCGGAACACGGCGGAGGUGCCGAUGGUGCUGGUGGGCACGCAGGAUGCCAUCAGUGCCACCAACCCGCGGGUCAUCGACGACUCCCGGGCGCGGAAGCUCUCCAACGACCUGAAGCGCUGCACGUACUACGAGACCUGUGCCACCUACGGCCUGAACGUGGAGAGGGUCUUCCAGGAUGUGGCUCAGAAGGUGGUGGCUCUACGGAAGAAGCAGCAGCUUUCCAUCGGUCCCUGCAAGUCCCUGCCCAACUCACCCAGCCAUUCAUCUGUCUCUGCAGCCUCCAUUCCUUCUGUUCACAUCAACCAGGCCACCAAUGGUGGAGGAGCCUUCAGUGACUACUCCUCCUCCGUGCCCUCCACACCCAGCAUCAGCCAGCGGGAGCUGCGGAUUGAGACCAUCGCUGCCUCCAACACCCCCACCCCCAUCCGCAAGCAGUCCAAGCGCCGCUCCAACAUCUUCACGUCUCGGAAGGGCGCGGACCCGGAGCGGGAGAAGAAGGUGCUGGAGUGCAAAGCGGACAGCAUCGGCAGCGGGAGGGCCAUUCCCAUGAAGCAGGGCAUCCUCCUCAAGCGCAGUGGCAAGUCUCUGAACAAAGAGUGGAAGAAGAAGUACGUGACACUGUGUGACAACGGGGUCCUCACCUACCACCCCAGCCUGCACGAUUACAUGCAGAACGUCCAUGGGAAGGAGAUCGACCUGCUGAGAACCACAGUGAAGGUCCCGGGCAAGCGGCUCCCCAGGGCCAGCACGGCGGCCGCGCCCGGCGCCAGCCCCAAGGCCAACGGGCUGCCCAAGGAGCGGAGCAGCACCCAGCUCAGCGGGGGCACAGGUGCUCCCCACUCGACCAGCAGUACCUCCCUGCACUCGGAGCGCUCCAUCAGCGGCAUCAACCUGGUGGGCUUCAGCUCCAAGCCCGACGGGAUGCACCAGCGCUCCUACUCGGUCUCCAGCGCUGACCAGUGGAACGAGGCCGUGGCUAUCCCUGGCAGCUGCCCCAACCCCUCUAACGGUACUGCCGAUUCCCUCAGCUCCAGCCCGAACAUCUCCAGUGCUGCCAGCCCGAAGCUGGAGCCGCCUCCAUCGCCUCACGCCAACAGGAAGAAGCAUCGCAGGAAAAAGAGCACGGGGACGACUCGGCCCGACGGCCCCAGCGCGGCAGCAGAAGAACCAGAUGAGCCAUUUGAGUUCAUUAUCGUGUCCCUGACGGGCCAGACGUGGCUCUUUGAGGCCUCCACAUCAGAGGAGCGAGAGCUCUGGGUCCAGGCCAUCGAGAGCCAGAUCCUGGCCAGCCUGCAGGGCUGUGAGAGCAGCAAAAAUAAGGCUCGGCUGGGCAGCCAGGGCGACGCGCAGGCCAUGCAGGCCGUGCGCACUGCGCGUGGGAACAGCUUCUGCGUGGACUGCGACGCUCCCAAUCCAGACUGGGCCAGUCUGAACCUGGGCUCCCUCAUGUGCAUCGAGUGCUCCGGGAUCCAUCGCAACCUGGGCACCCACCUGUCCCGUGUGCGCUCCCUGGACCUGGACGACUGGCCCAGCGAGCUGCUCAUGGUCAUGACGGCCAUCGGCAACGCCCUGGCCAACACCGUCUGGGAAGGAGCAGUGGAAGGCUACCCCAAGCCCACCCCUGAGAGCAGUCGGGAGGAGAAGGAGCGAUGGAUCCGGGCCAAGUACGAGCAGAAGCUCUUCCUGGCCCCGCUGCCCCAGUCGGACAUCCCGCUGGGGCAGCAGCUGCUGCGGGCGGUGGUGGAGGACGACCUGCGCCUGGUGGUGACCCUCCUGGCCCACGGCACCAAGGAGGAGGUGAACGAGACCUACGGGGAUGGCGACGGGCGCACGGCGCUGCACCUCUCCUGCGCCAUGGCCAAUGUGGUCUUCACGCAGCUGCUCAUCUGGUACGGGGUGGAUGUGAAGAGCCGGGACGCUCGGGGGCUGACCCCGCUGGCCUACGCCCGGCGAGCCGGCAGCCAGGAGUGCGUCGACAUCCUGCUGCAGCACGGCUGCCCCGGCGACGGCUCCGUCCCCACGCUGACCCCCAGCCUGCCCCGCCGCAACGCCAACGCCAACAACAACGCCUGCGCCCUGGGCCCGGAGCUCAGCUCCAGCCCCGCUGCUGUCUAGCUCCAGCUCCUGCCAGGCCCUCCAUGGGCCUCACGCCGCCUGCCAGCCCUGCCGGGGGUCCGGGGCCACGGGAGGGGUGCAGCCAGGUCACCCGCUGUGCCCGCCCCCCCCGGGACCCCAAGCUGGCAGCUCCAGUGCCCGGGGACUGUCCCCGUGCAGCUGGGGGGUCUGUGCAGCCCCAGCGCUGUCAGCACACAGUGGGGCUCCCUCCCAGUCACUGGGGUGGGUGCUCCAGCACACCCCGUUCUCAUGACCGGUACAGGGGGGACAGAGACAGUUUCUCUGUGCCCCCAUCACACACGCGCAGACCCUGAGGGGCUGGGGGCAGAUGAGGCAGGGCCCCAGCUCCCCUGCACAGCCGGUACUGGGGAGGACGAUGGCCGCACCCGCCCCCCAGCAGCAGGGCAGGUUGGCACCUCCCUCCCCCUGGCUCACCCUCCCGUGCCGCCCAGCCCAGCGGGAGGUGGGGGGUGCAUGUUUCUUCACCCCCCUGCUCCUCUCUACUCCGGGCGGUGCAGGGAGGGACCCGCUGGCUGGUGCUGCUCCCCACCUGCUGAUGCAAAGGGAGCUUCUCUCCACGCAGCCCCUGGACAAAGGCCUCUCCAGCCUCCCUGGUGACCUGGAGGAGGAUGGUCACCCCGGGAUCCCUAGCUGUGUCUGUCUGUCUGUAGAGUCCCUGUCCUUGCAGGCUGAGCCCCAAAGCCAUACACGGCGUCUCCAUCGGAGCAUCCCCGCUGCUGCCCAGGCGGGGCUGGUCUCUGGCUGAGCAAGAGGAGAGGAGACGAGUCUCCCCUUGGUUUUGGGCCAGGCCUGAGUGCUGGAUCCCCAAGGCUUUGGACACUGCUGUGGAACGUCUCUGUCACUUGUGUAUAAAAUGUACAUUGGAAAUAUUUAUAUGGACACUCUGUAUAUACUGUUUCUUUGCCAUGAGUUGCCCUGUGUGUGUUAUCUGCAGCCAAGGAGAUAAAGGCCAAUAAAGCAACCCACCUCCUGCCA